AUGACUACGUGGAUUUUACUGUCGCUAUUCUUGAUUGGUGUUGUUAUCACUGAACAUCCACCGCUGAUUAAAAGCGACAAACUGAUUGAGUAUGCACCACAAGCAAGUACAGAACCAACAUUAGGGGAUCAAAGCAAUGAGAAUCUGGAGAACAAUGUGACGAGGUUACUGGACAAAUUGAUAGCAAGUCAUGAUAGAAGGAUUCGACCGAAUUAUGGAGGCCCCCCGAUUGAAGUGAAUAUAACUGCACACGUCACAACAAUCAGUGCAGUUUCAGAAGUCUCUAUGGAUUACACUCUUGAUUUGUACCUUCGUCAAAUUUGGAAAGAUCCUAGAUUAGCAUGGGAAUCAGAUGUGGAAGAUUCGCUCACAAUCGGAAUUGAUAUGGUAAAAACAAUCUGGACACCUGACACUUUCUUUCCGAAUGAGAAGAAGUCGUUCUUUCAUGAAGCCACGUCACAUAACUCGUUUCUUCGAAUCGAUAGUCAUGGAAAUGUUUUGAGAAGUAUUCGAUUGACAGUUACAGCAAACUGCCCAAUGAGUCUGCAUACGUUCCCAUUGGAUCGUCAAGAAUGUGCUUUGGAGGUCGAGAGUUAUGGAUACUCGACAAAAGAUAUCAUCUACCAUUGGCAUGGUGCAAAUGCAGUCACCAUUGAUGAGAAUGUGCAUUUGGCACAUUUCACAAUUGGAGAACACUAUCAUAUUGAAAGAACAAUUAGUUUGUCGACUGGAAAUUAUUCAAGAUUAACCGCUUAUUUUAUGUUCAAACGGAAUAUUGGAUUCUAUUUAAUACAGAUCUACUUCCCAUCGUCUCUGAUUGUCGUCAUCUCUUGGGUAUCGUUCUGGUUGAAUCGAGAAGCCGUGCAAGCAAGAGUGGCUAUUGGAGUUACUACUGUUUUGACCAUGACCACUUUGAUGACAAGUACCAAUGCAUCACUUCCCAAAGUGUCCUAUGUAAAGUCAUUGGAUGUCUUUCUGGGUGUUUGCUUCUUUAUUGUUUUUGCUUCCCUACUGGAAUAUGCUGCAAUUGGAUAUCUAAUGAAACGAAAUCGAAGUGUUCCAGCAGCUUCUCCAGUCCAAUAUUAUGAAACAGGCGACGGAGUUCUAAAAAGAGAAGCAAGCCGAAAGAAAAGCAGAAACCGUCGAGACAGCUCAAUGAAGAAUUAUCAGAACAACAACAUUCAUCACCGUCCAUCAGAUGGACAUGUCGAUCAACGUAUUCCACUCCUUUCCAUGGUUCCAAUGCCACCGAUCCCAUUCAAACCACAAAAUGGAGCAUGGGGAAAAGUGAGACCUGCUCAGGUGGAUCUGUUCUCUCGCUUUGCAUUUCCCAUCUUCUUUGUAAUAUUCCAUAUCAUCUACUGGACAUACUACAUCAACCAAUAA